AUUAAUAUUCAUAUGCCAAACCUUCCCCCAUCCCACUCUCGCAUGCGCGUGCGUUGUUUACAUGAACGUCACGCUUUCCUCGUACAAACGCCCACUUUAUACGCUCAAAAGUAUUUCAUGAUGGAGGAUCCUGUUGAGAUAUUCCUACAGGAUAAAAGUUGAAAACUCUCUAAUGCUGCCAGUGAAAAGCCAGUUGUCACAGCUGCCUCAGGAGCUUUGCUUAUGGGGUUUUAUGGCCUCUGGACUUUAUUUGCACUUCCUGGCUUUCGGAAAGUACCAGUAUGUCUCAAGGUACCUUAUUUACCCUCCAGUAGAACACAGACCCAGAAUGUUAUGAAACUGCUGCAUGGGAGAGCGGGAAGCCUGGCAGAUCUGGGCUCUGGUGAUGGAAGACUGGUGUUUGCUGCUACUGUAGUGGGAUUCGAGUGCACUGGUUUUGAAAUCAAUUCUAUUCUAAAUGGAUAUGCCAGAGUCAAGGGAAUGUGGAAAGGAAUACCCCCCAGCACUGCCAGUUUUAUAAACCAGGACUAUUGGAAGGCCGAUUUGUCCAAAUAUAACAAUGUGACUGUUUUCUUGGCACCCGGAGUGAUGGAGGUGCUGGGUAGAAAACUGGAGAUGGAGUUACCUGAUGAGGCUCGUGUGAUUGCCUGUCGGUUCCCGUUUCCUGACUGGACUCCUGCAGCCAUUGAGGGUGAGGGACUGGACCAGACCUGGGCAUAUGAUAUGCGUACCGUACGAAAGCUUUCAUCACAACCUGCCACUAAAUAAAAGGUUACAUUUAACAUACCGAGAAGGUUUUAUCGAGAGUGACUUAGUGUGUAUUCAAGGUAUUCAUUUAAUCAGUUUGUGUGUUCCCUGGAAAUUAAACUUGUGUUCUUGAUUUUGCUCCAGUCAGGCUUGAUAGCAUGGCUGCUUGACUAUAUUAUAAAAAUAAACUGCUCAUUGUCAUGA